AUGGCUGGGCGGUUGCCGGCGUGCGUCGUGGAUUGCGGUACGGGAUACACUAAACUUGGAUAUGCAGGAAACACAGAGCCCCAGUUCAUCGUUCCAUCAUGUAUUGCCAUCAAAGAGUCAGCAAAGGUGGGUGAUCAAGCCCAGAGGAGAAUGAUGAAGGGUGUUGACGACCUGGACUUCUUCAUAGGAGAUGAGGCUAUCGACAAGCCCACCUACGCCACCAAGUGGCCAAUCAGGCAUGGUAUUGUGGAGGAUUGGGACCUAAUGGAGAGGUUUAUGGAGCAGGUCAUCUUUAAGUACCUGAGGGCAGAGCCUGAGGACCACUAUUUCUUGCUGACCGAGCCACCCUUAAACACACCCGAGAACCGAGAAUACACAGCAGAGAUUAUGUUCGAGUCCUUCAAUGUGCCAGGACUGUACAUUGCCGUGCAGGCAGUCUUGGCUCUUGCAGCAUCCUGGACCUCUCGGCAGGUUGGAGAGAGGACUCUCACCGGUACAGUCAUCGACAGCGGGGACGGAGUCACUCAUGUCAUCCCUGUGGCGGAGGGCUAUGUGAUCGGCAGCUGUAUAAAGCACAUCCCCAUCGCAGGGCGAGACAUCACCUACUUCACACAGCAGCUGCUGAGGGAGAGAGAGGUGGGCAUUCCACCCGAGCAGUCCCUCGAGACCGCAAAAGCCGUCAAGGAACGUUUCAGUUACGUGUGUCCUGACCUCGUGAAGGAGUUUAAUAAGUACGACACAGAUGGUUCUAAAUGGAUAAAGCAGUACACGGGCAUCAACGCCAUCAGCAAGAAAGAGUUCACCAUCGACGUGGGAUACGAGCGCUUCCUCGGCCCGGAGAUCUUCUUCCACCCUGAGUUUGCCAAUCCAGACUUCACUCAGCCAAUCUCAGAAGUGGUUGAUGAGGUGAUUCAGAACUGUCCCAUUGAUGUGCGUCGUCCUCUCUAUAAGAACAUAGUUCUAUCAGGCGGGUCUACCAUGUUCCGUGACUUUGGCCGGCGUCUGCAGAGGGAUCUGAAGAGGACCGUGGAUGCACGACUCAAGCUUAGCGAGGAGCUUAGCGGCGGGAAGCUCAAGCCCAAGCCCAUUGACGUGCAGGUCAUCACUCACCACAUGCAGCGCUAUGCUGUGUGGUUCGGCGGAUCCAUGCUGGCAUCAACACCUGAGUUCUACCAGGUGUGUCACACCAAGAAGGAUUACGAGGAGAUCGGCCCUAGCAUUUGUCGCCAUAACCCCGUGUUUGGCGUCAUGUCCUAAGAGAGCACAGAACAUGCGUUUUAUCUCUCUCUCGCUCACACACACAUGCAUACAAGGACACGGGUGGGGGUGGGCUUGUGGAAUGGGUGGGGCAAUGAAGUGGGCGACUAGAGAGAGGGGGAGGGGGAGAGAGCUCAUUUCGGUUAACACCAAACCUGUCUGCUGGAUCCAGAUGAUGAAUGAAUGUUUUUGUUUGUUUGUUUUUGUUGUUUUUUUUUUUCUUGUUCCCCCUAGAAGGGAAAUGCAGUUACUAGACCAAAAUGACUCUAGCUCUUCUCUGCCUUCGCUCAGUAAUUAAUAUGCAGGCAUCUUAAAAAAAACAAAACAAAACCUGCAGUCUUCUGCUGAAUAGAAUAAUGACUAUGGAAACGGUAAUAUUGACAUUCAUGAUGAUGCAGAAGACUCCGUUGGCGUGACUCGUGUCAAGUGUGGGUGCAGAUAACUCAAACACCUCAAGCAGUAUGACUCUUUAGAGUUCCACCAUGCCAGUCCUCUCCCGCGUCCAGAGGCAUUACAGCCUUUAACAGGCCAAGCAGGGUUUGAGGCCCAAACUGGAAAAAGCAAACUUAUUCCACAGCAUAGGGUUCCUUUUGUGCUCUUUAGACGUAGAAAAAAAAAAAGAAAUCUAUUUCCUUAUGUUACAUUUUCUUGCCUUUUCAUCAAAUUAGUUUUAAAUAUGUGACUGCUUUUACCUGCAAUCGUAUCAUAUUUUCAUUUUCCACUUCAAAGGAAAAGCUUCUAUCAAUAAUAGGACUCUGAUGAGCUUGAACAGGAAUGACUAUCGGACCAGUAUUGGUUGUUGUUUUUGUUUUGUUUUUUUAAUUAAACACCAAAUGACAGCAGGUUUGGGUUUAUAAAUACAAUGCCUAAAACAUUCCAAUAAAGGCUCAAAAUUGUUUCUACAAAAA